GCGGGGUUGGAGCCGCUCUAGGACGCCUCGGUCUCGGACCCUUCCACUCUGAACCGCGUUAAACUUCCGCGGACAGUGGGCACAACCCCACUGGGAGCGGUCCUUACGUAACCAGCCUGUCUCAGCUCCUCCUCCCCUGGCUGGUGUUGUAUAAGCGGCCCCGUGGGGCGAGGAAGUGGCGCCGCGCCCGCCGCCACCCCAGGCCGCGGUGAAAGGAGGAGYAGGACCAGCACAGUGGGAUUUGGAUGGUGACAUGGACAGCCCUUGCAUCCCUCCAGCACAUCCCUGCCUGUGGAGAGAAAUGCUCAACAGUGGGAGAGCCAGGAUCAGUGACUGCGUGACCUCUUCUUUUUGGGUGAUGUGCUGUAAAGACCUGGAUUGUCAGCUGGGCAACCAUUGAGGGAUUGGGUAUCCUGAAAGCCAAGUGUCCCCUUCCUUCUGCAGCCAGGAUGCUGCAUCGCACCAUUCACCUUUUCCGGAAGGAGCUCCGGCUCCAUGACAACCCAGUGCUGCUGGCUGCCCUGGAGUCCUCAGAGGCCUUGUACCCYGUGUACAUCCUGGACAGAGCUUUCCUGGCCUCCUCCAUGCAGAUUGGGACCCUGCGCUGGCACUUCCUGCUCCAGUCCCUCGAGGAUCUUCACAAAAACUUGGGCCAGCUGGGCUCCUGCCUGCUGGUUAUUCAAGGGGAGUACGAAUCUGUUCUUAGGGAUCACGUCCAGAAGUGGAAUAUCACGCAAGUGACGCUGGAUGCAGAGAUGGAGCCGUUUUACAAGGAGAUGGAGGCCAACAUCCGGUGCCUGGGGACAGAGCUGGGCUUUGAGGUGCUCUCCCUGGUUGGUCACAGCCUGUAUGAUACCCAGCGGAUUUUGGACCUAAAUGGUGGGAAUCCCCCAUUAACUUACAAGAAGUUCCUUCACAUUCUGUCUCUGCUUGGUGACCCUGAGGUCCCUGUACGAAACCUCACAGCUGAAGAUUUCCAGAGAUGUAGGGCCCCUGACUCAGGCCUGGCUGAGUGUUACAGGGUACCUCUCCCUGUUGAUUUGAAGAUAUCCCCAGAGAGCCUUUCCCCUUGGAGAGGAGGGGAGACUGAAGGGCUGCAGCGCCUGGAGCAACACUUGACUGACCAGGGCUGGGUGACAAGUUUUACUAAACCAAGGACAAUCCCAAACUCACUGCUUCCAAGCACCACAGGCCUGAGCCCAUAUUUAAGUAUGGGCUGUCUGUCRGUUCGGACCUUUUUUUAUAGGUUGUCAAACAUUUAUGCUCAGGCAAAGCACCACUCUCUGCCCCCAGUGUCACUCCAAGGGCAGCUGUUGUGGAGGGAAUUUUUCUAUACAGUGGCAUCAGCAACCCCCAACUUCACUCAAAUGGCUGGGAACCCCAUCUGCCUCCAGAUCCGCUGGUAUGAGGACGCAGAGAGGCUCCACAAAUGGAAAAUGGCACAGACGGGGUUCCCAUGGAUCGAUGCCAUUAUGACCCAGCUGCGCCAGGAAGGCUGGAUCCAUCACCUGGCUCGGCAUGCUGUCGCCUGCUUCCUGACCCGGGGGGAUCUUUGGAUCAGCUGGGAAAAGGGAAUGAAGGUGUUUGAAGAGCUGCUUUUAGAUGCCGACUACAGCAUCAAUGCUGGGAACUGGAUGUGGCUGUCAGCCAGCGCCUUCUUCCACCAGUACACACGGAUUUUCUGUCCUGUCCGCUUUGGGAAGCGCACGGACCCCCAGGGCAACUACAUCAGGAAAUACCUGCCUAUCCUAAAGAAUUUUCCUUCCAAGUACAUCUACGAGCCCUGGACAGCAUCUGAAGAGGAGCAGAAGCAAGCAGGGUGUAUCAUAGGUCAGGAUUACCCCUUCCCCAUGGUGAACCACAAGGAAGCCAGUGACCACAACCUGCAGCUGAUGAAACAGGUCCGAGAGGAGCAGCACAGAACAGCCCAGCUCACGAGAGAUGAUGCAGGUGACCCCAUGGAAAUAAAGGUAAAAUGUGACCUCUCUGAAGAAAACAUUUCAAAAGGAAAAGUGGCCAGGAUGACAAAAUAAACWGAGGUUCCCUCACGGAUCACCUGCUGGGAACAAAAAUAAAAGCAAGAGGGGUGAGCUAGGGGCCRGCUGAGGUGGCCAAAGCACUGUCCUCAGUAUUUUUCCCUGCUAAUGUUGCUUCAUGCUUGUGACCUGAUCUCAGGAAAGGUGUUGGAUCUUGAAUAAUGUUAGUGCAGUUAUUUUGGAUGGAAUUGUUUAUCUUUGAGUGGCUUCUCAAAGUGGCUUUGAGUGGACCAUUGGUUGAAGCUGUUGGGUGAAUGCAAGAGGUGCCUGGUUGUGGCAGGACUUGCCGCUGCAGUGUCCUUCAAAUCCUUGUGUUUCAUGCACCUGUAUAAAUAGAUUUUUUGAUAAAUACUAAUUUCAAUGUCUGUUGAAAACUGUGUGCACAUUAAUGUGGUUACACAUUAGUAUUAGGACCUUGAUUUGCUUGUUUUGUAGAGACAGAGAUUUUGGAAUGUUCAGAUGAUUUAUUUUAAGUUCCCAGUUUGUGAUAGUCCUCAGGUUGGGGAGACAGAGCAGAAUGCAGACCCUCGUACCUUGUGUGUAGUUUUUAAGUCAUAAGUAGGAAUUCUUAUGCAUUUUAUGUACAACUUUAUAACUUUGAAAAUGUCUGAUUAAAAUAUACAGCUUUAUCACCAUAACUCCCCUCCUCGACUAAUUCCUCCAGAACUACAGGGCAGAGAUUAAUUCUAUCAUGUAUCACAUGGAAAAAAUUCCGCUCCUACUGAAAUGUGUCCUUGUGAACUUUGACAAGGCAGGAUUAAUCAAUUAUGGUUGGGAUUUUGGGGGGUAGGGGAGCGCAGUGGGGYUUGCAGGGUUUUCAUGGCUGUAGGUACUCUUUUGGAUUUGGAAAGAAAUAAAACUUAUUUCUGACAUGACC